AUGACUUCUCAAGGAGUUACGUUUGCUUCCCAAGAGAAGCUGCCCAAGCUUCCCAUUCCUGAUCUGGAUAAGUCAUGCGACAAGUAUCUUGCAUCCUUGCGGCCCUUGCAGUCUGCCAGAGAACAUGCAGAGACCGACGCCGCUGUGCAAGAGUUUCUGAGAGCCGAAGGUCCAGAGCUUCAAGAAAAGCUCAAGAAGUAUGCCACUGGUAAAUCCAGUUAUAUUGAGCAAUUCUGGUACGACUCGUACCUUAACUUUGACAAUCCCGUUGUUCUCAAUCUCAACCCUUUCUUCUUGCUCGAAGAUGAUCCCACUCCGGCCAGAAACAACCAAGUUACCCGCGCCGCAUCCCUCGUCAUAUCCGCACUCUCGUUCGUCAGAGCAGUGAGAAAGGAAGAGCUGGAGCCAGACACCCUCAGAGGUCAGCCUCUGGACAUGUACCAAUACUCGCGUCUGUUCGGUACUGCUCGCAUCCCCACCGAACACGGUUGCCAAAUUGGCCAAGACCCUUCAUCAAAGCACAUUGUGGUCUUGGUGCGUGGCCAGUUCUACUGGUUCGAUGUCCUAGACGACAACAACGACCUGAUCAUGACCGAGAAAGACAUUACUGUAAACCUCCAGGUCAUCGUGGACGAUGCACAAGAGAUCCCCAUCCAAGAGUUCGCACGAAACGCUGUCGGUGUGCUCAGCACCGAGAACCGCAAGAUCUGGUCCAGUCUGCGCGAUGUCCUCUCAAGAGAGGAAGGCUCAAACAACUCAGACAGUCUCAACAUUGUUGACUCUGCACUUUUCAUUCUCUGCCUCGACUAUACAGAGCCCAAGUCUGGUGCUGAUCUCUGCAUGAAUAUGCUUUGUGGCACCUCACAGAUCGAGAAUGGUCUCCAAGUCGGUACAUGUACCAACCGCUGGUAUGACAAGUUGCAACUCAUUGUCUGUAAGAACGGUAGUGCUGGUAUUAAUUUCGAACACACCGGAGUUGACGGCCACACCGUCUUACGAUUCGCAUCUGAUGUCUACACCGACACAAUUUUGCGUUUCGCUCGUACCAUCAACGGCAAAGCGCCAUCGUUGUGGGCAUCCGACUCGCCAGAUCCUGCCAAGCGAGAUCCAAACAGUUUCGGUGAUGUCUCGACAACUCCACACAGAUUGGAGUGGGACAUGUUGCCCGAGGUAUCGACUGCCGUGCGAUUUGCUGAGACCCGUCUAGCGGACCUUAUCCAGCAGAACGAGUUCGCCACUCUCGAGUUCAUGCAAUACGGCAAGAACUUUAUGACUAGCAUGGGCUUCUCUCCAGACGCCUUUGUACAGAUGGCUUUUCAGGCAGCCUACUAUGGUCUGUAUGGUAGAAUGGAGUGCGUUUACGAACCUGCAAUGACCAAGGUCUUCUACCACGGUCGCACUGAAGCCAUCCGACCAGUCACUGAUGAGUCUACCGAGUUCGUCAAACUCUUCUGGGGUGAGAAUCCACCUGCUAAGAAGGUGGAAGCAUUGCGCAAAGCAUGCCAGAAACACACUGAGAUCACAAAAGAAUGCGCCAAAGCUCAAGGACAAGAUAGACAUUUGUAUGCCUUGUUCUGUGUUUGGCAGCGCAUGAUCGAUGGUGAUGAGGAGAUUUUGAGUCAUAACGGCGACAGUGGGGAUGGCAUGCAUGACGAAAACUCCUCUGAUGUGAUGAGCGAUGAUGGCAGCUCUCGCAGCUCUAUGAACCGCGUACAGACCAACUCAGGUGUCAUGCCGUCACUAUUCGCCGAUGGUGGAUGGGAUCGAUUGAACACCACAAUUCUUUCUACAUCGAACUGCGGCAACCCUUCUCUGCGUCAAUUUGGAUUUGGACCUACUUCUGGCGACGGAUUCGGUAUUGGCUACAUUAUCAAAGAUGGCAGCGUCAGUAUAUGUGCUUCCUCCAAGCACCGCCAGACUAAGCGUUACAUCGAUGCCAUCGAGAGCUACUUCUUGGAGAUGAGAAAGGUUCUACGACAGACACAGAGAAGGGGCACAAACACCGACAAGCUCGCCAGUCGUGCCAGAGAAGCGGAGGAAUUGAAGACGAAGGCAAGGCCGAAGAACAACAGACUGAAGUCCCGCGGUAUACUUGUAGAUGGCGCUAGAACGCCCGCUAUGGACAGCGAGCAGGUCAGCGAUGACGACGGCUUGGGUGGCUAUGGCUUCUUCGAUGCUGGAAUGUUGCUGCAAGCGCUGAAGCAAGAGCAGAAUGGCAACAUCAAGCCUAGUCAGAAGGCUGCGGCGAGGAACAAGGUUGGAAAGAAGUUGCAGCUGAUGGACUAUUAG